GCUCUCAAGGGGAGGGUGGAUCUUUUCUGGAAUGUCACAUUCCAUCUUACAUGCUUGCAUCAUUUCCUUCAGAUUGGACCAAGAUUCAUACAAUUGUCCAGAAAUGGCAAAAUUACACAACAAAGAAAAGCCCCGACAGUAUCCUCAUUGGCUCGUCCCACCCGGCAAACCUGGAACUCUACGGAACCAAAGAUCUUCCUGAGCUUGACAUCGUCGUCAACUUUGAGCUUGUCCCUGAAAGCCCCUCCGGUUUCUAUACCGCUGCAAACUUCAAGAAAAUCAUAACUGACUACAUCAAAAAACUUUCCAAAGAUAACUGGCCAAGCUGGGCGUUAACCAGUUGGGUUCACGGUCGAGUCGGGAGCAAUGUCGACAGCAAACUGGCGAGGUCGUUGGAUGCGCUUUUGUUGAUGUUACCCGGAACACCUAUUGUAUUUUACGGUGAUGAAAUUGGAAUGCAGAAUGUGAAUAACCCUGGCAAUGCAGCAGUAGACAUCAACAAAGCCCCGAUGCAGUGGGAGAAUUCGACAAAUGCAGGUUCGUAUAUUUACAAAGUGGAAUUGCAAACUGUUCCAGUGCAGUAUGGUAAAACCCUGCAAUAAGAACUUAGAUUUUUCAAAGUUAGCCUAAACAGGUUCUUAUGUUGUACGAUUCUUACCAGAAAAUUGGGCUAAACAGGUUUUUAAAUAAGUUCUUAUUUUCUUAAGAAAAAAAACCAACUCAUUUUUGGUAGGUGUGGUAUAUAAUUUAUAUAAAUUAUGCACAAAUUAGUCCAACAGGUUCUUAAAUUCUAAGUUCUUAUAUGGCAGGGUUUCACUGUAUUAAUUAAGCAAAUAUGCUAUCACUGCUAUUAAAAACAGCAGAAUCCAAAAUUCAUUACUUCAGAAUUGGCUUGCAAAAAUGCAUUCUAUUUUACGUUUUGAAAGUUAAAAAUUGUUAGAAUGCCAGGAUUUAAAAAAAAAUAAAAAAUCAAAUUUACCGAUCCGAUAAAUUCCGAUCCGAUUGGCCAAUUUAUCAGUGGUUUCUGAUAUGUGUUAACACGAAAUUCCAACAUCAAAAUUUGGGCAAAAUGUUACCAAAACAUAACAAGAGUUAACAGACCAGUAACAGAAAUGUCAUUAGGAUAGUCGAAGAUUGAAUCGACUCAAUUUAUUUCAGAAAAGUAUCCUGGUAAACGACUAACGGCAUUAAGUACAUCUGAUACUUCCUUUGUGGAAGAGCGUCUGUCAUGCAAACCUGCUCAGUUUUCUUUACAAAGAUCGCAAGUGAAAGCCAGAACGAUAUAUAUAUCCGGACCACUGAUUUUAUGUUGAUGUGAUCGACCGAUAACCGACAUGCUUGAAAGUUGACGAUUAUCGGCUUGUGCCGAUUAAUUGCCGAUUUAUCGGCUCAUCCAGUGCCUGCAAGACAGCCAAUUCAAAAGCUUCUUCAGGACUGUUUAUGCAAUAUUUUUUCAUUCUGUUUUAGGUUUCACUUCAGGCAAGUCUACUUGGUUCGGUGCUGUAGGUAACUACGAAUACACAAAUGCCAAAGACGACCAACUUGACAUGAGGAAAAUGUUCACAGAUGCUGUGAAACGACGGAUGGAGAAUGUAAGCGCACUCCUUGAUGGUCCGCUAGCGAACUUUACUGUAAUCGCCAAAGGAGAUGUGUUGGCGUACACCUUCGUAGAUAAAGUACCCAGAUUUGCAGUGGCCAUAAACUUUGGUAAGACUGAGGAUACAAUUAAUCUCAUUGAACUACUCGGUGCCAAAAGUGCUACCCUGAAUUAUCACACGGCUGAUACGAAACCAGGCGAAAUAAGCUUGGAUGCUGUAAAAGUCCCUCCACAAGCGUUGUAUCUUUUCAACGUCACUGAACGAAUGAAAUAGCAUUGAUUGCUGACAUUCACUUUGACUCAUUAUGGUAUUAUAGUUUAGUGUUUAAUUUAAAGGCUGAUACUAGUGUAAAGUACUUGUAUUUUAGAUUCUUUUCAUUCAAAUAAAAGUU